GCUCGGACACUGUCCUGCCUCCAGUGACUCCAGCACAGUCUCCAGCCCAACCGAGCCGAACAUACUCCUCGCGCCUCCGACUUGCGGCCCUGUCGCGCCAACAUCUGCGUGAAUCUACGAUUGGCUACACGGAGAUUAGGGUGCUAAAGAGACUUGACAGAGGGGUAACAAAGGGCACACUCUCGAUUGGCCACGACAGCGCGCUUUACAGUGUGCCGGCCAUGCAGCGUCUGAUGGUAGACUUCGUGUCAAUAUGAACGGGGACAGGCCCAUGGUCAAUGGAGCGCAUAUACAAAAUGGCGUUCCACCGAACGUCGCAAAUCCCGCCCCCGAUGUCCACCAGAUAAAGCAAGUAGGCCCCAACGAAAGCCGAGCGGCACCAGUUGAAGAUGGAUCCUCGGUCCAGGUCAAUGGUCAACACAGUACGAGUCAACUAUCAAACGGCGAUCUGGUUCCUAGGGUCGCAAAUGGUCUCGAACAGGCUCCUCAGGAGAUACUGCGUUUGAUUCCUAAAGACAACUACUUGCCGAUGGCCGCCUUGAUCAGCAGAGCCUCGCAAUCAUGUUGGACUGGUCUGACAAGGAUGGUGGAACAAUUGGCUGCCAUUCAUGUUCCAGAACAGAAUCUAGAUCAGACCAAGGCUUUGCCCAACUCGUUACCAAACAACCAGACCAAGGCAAAUCUUGACAAGAAGGACCGCUUGCUGAGGUUCGCCAACGAUCAGAAAGCCGAUUUCAUAAAACUACUGGUUCUCCUGGAAUGGAGUAAAAACGUGGAGGAAGUCGGGAAGACUAUUUCCAUCAACUUUUGGUUAAUGCGGCGUCGGCAGGCAUAUUGGAACACCAUUUCCUCACUGGCUCUGCUAAAGCAAGAAUCUGCCGGAUUUCAAGUACCCAAUCCUGAUCUGGAAGUGGCUGCUGAGGUCCUGUCGAAAGGGAAGGUAGCAAAAUUUCCCACGUUGGGCUACAUUCCGCAGAAAGACCUUUCACCCAAACAGAUAUUACGACUGCUGGAUCAUCUCAACCAUGCACUGAGUGUACGCCUGGCACUUUCUGACGACCUGCCCCCUCAACUGCGAAAAUUUCACAUUCACGAUGGUCGCGUAACAUUUGUGGUUUCGAACGAAUUCGAGCUUGAUGUGUCCAUUUUAGACGAGAGCACCGAUUCGCCAUUUCGCAUGGUGGACUUUCGGUUCGCCUUUUCACCAGCACCUCACAUACCCGAUGCUUUACACUCAGAGAUUGAACGAUACAGCAAUUCCAAUAUUGAUCGAGACGGUCUUCAAGGGUGCUAUCUGUUCCUGCACGAACUGGUACUGUCCUACAAGUUGGCCGAAUUCCACAAACAAGCACUUGAAUUGUCUUGGAGUCAAUGGGCAGGAAACCUCCGUGUUGAGAUGAUCCGCCGCAAUCUAAUUGUGCAAUACUGGACGGAAAGACCGGCCAAUAAGAGUUGGCUCGAAAUCGGAAUAGCUAGUGGGCGAGCUAUCCCUAAUAUUGGUGCAGACGAGCCUCUGCCCUGUCUUGAAGUCAAGUGGAUGUGUCGUGGUAAAAGAGCAGAAUCCCUGCACUUGAGCUUGGAUGAGUCCGUUCUGUGCUUCGAAGACAUCCUCCGUCAGGUCAUUGCGCAACAUUCUACGCAAGUCCUUGAUUCUGUCUACGACAAGUUGAUACUCUCACCACUUUUCAGCAAUGCUGAGCUGUCCCUAGAGCAGACUGUUUCGGACGAAGACCCGGAGGAGUGCAUCCUGACAAUGCAGCUGUCAAGAGUAUCACAUCUCCAACUCAAGGUAGAUUCGGUCACGGGUCUACUUGUCAUCAGUCCAGUAAGCGAAAGGAGUGAACGUUUGCAGUACGAGGUCAAUCGAGUACAGAGCAUCGCAGAUGAGAUUGGUUCGAAAUUACUCAACUUCCGAUGCAGUGUCAUGGAAGCAGUAGUAUUUGCGGGCAUCGCAGGCACCCGAUGGGAGGUCAUGCGCGCCUUUAAAUUCAACCAAGCAGAAACCAAGACACUGUUUGGCGGACCACAGGUCAGAAUAAAUCUGUUCCGACAGCCACAAUGGGGCUUGGGGUUUUUCGUGGCAUUCACACAUGCGCAGAACGGCGACUACUUGUGGCUGCUGCAGCGAUCUAGUAUUGGCGGAUUCACCUCUCAGGCCUCAUUCCAGGUCCUUCGCACUCAAAGGAUCGAAGUAAGAGAGGAGCUGUCUUCGGCGUGGUUUGAACGACUUGGACAAUAUGUGACUGGAGUGUUUUCUUUACAGCGAAACGCCGACUAUCUUACACAACAGAAGAUGAAAUUCAAUCUGCCACCAUUCCCACCUUUUGGAAUGAAGUACAUCCUGCCAGAGUUGACUUUCGAAUUCGACAUGGCCACAACAGGCUUUUCAAGGCAGUCAGGGCCACCUGCCAGGCUGUCGAAAGCUUCAUCACUGGAGGGUGGGAAAACAAUCAAGAUCCGCUUCGAGGGCAUCAAGGGUAACGACGAUCGCAUCGAGACUAUUGCCCGAUUCCGACACAAAGCAAGUAGUGCUGCUUUACGAUACUCAGAUCAUUUGACCAAAGUUAAGAACAUGUUAAUACCGGCCAACAAUGUGACAUUUGAUUCUAGGAGUGGUAUGGUCACCCUUCGGGUCGCGUCACCCGUUGCCGAGGUCGCAGUUCCUUACGUCGUUGAGCAAGCCACGAAGUAUGAGAGAAAUCUUGCUACAUUUGAGCAGGUCCAGCGGCUGCCUGGUCUGACAUUGCAGGUGAAGUUAAACGACACUUUUAAAGUCACCUACGCUCCUAUGGGUCAAGAGACAGCCCUGGAUGUCACUAUGGUCUUCAGCGGCGGCUCCCAUGAACCUGAGCUGUGGUUUCACCCUCCUGUCAUCAAUCCACAUGUUCUGCUUACGCCCCAGUAUGCGAGGCUGUUCCAGAACGCGCACAUACCGUUUGCGGAGAGAGUCUGGAACUUUCUGACAUCUCUAACAUUGACGCUUCCCUUGUUAACCUUCUUGCAUAAGCUGCAAAAAGAGCACGGAAUCGUGCAAAAGGGAUCACAGGCCAUUCCACAAAGCAGUGAGACGGGCAUUCGAGUCCAUCUCCUGGUCAGAAGUGCCACAGCAUUUGGCUUGCAAUACUUUACGCCAGCUCGACGUGUACCACAAGAUGUUGCGACAAACACGCAACCACAUCUCCUAGCACGACUUGAGAUCUUGCAACACAUCAACUCGCUAAACAAGCCCAUGUGGCUAGUACGAGCUGCGCUUGAGGAUUUCCAGUCGUAUUCAAGACCGUCAUAUUCUACACCAUCGCUGCGGACAAAAUUGCGCCAGGAGAUUUUUGCCCGGGCCGAUGCACAGUCAAAAUGGCUUGCACUUGAUAAUGCUGCAGCAUGUAUGGCAGAUCAACCGGAACACCUACUUCAAGCGGUCCACGAUGUUAUGUGCAGUUGGGCCAAACAGUCCAUUGAGACCCAGGCACCGGGUGAGGAUGUCAAGACCCAAAAUGGUGGGCAGGAAAAUCUGCCAAAUGGUACGAACAAGCCAAAAGCAUCUGGGAAGACGCCGGGCAACAGCAACGCCGUGCCGAAUGGGUCUGCCAAACAACAACGACCCCUCAAUGUCAAUACUGGAAGGCCAGCAGUGGCUGGCAAAGCGCCUACCGGUCCUCUUAAAAACAAGGAGGUCAUCACGUUGGACUAAUAGUGCAGCCUUGUGGGUGAAACAGAGGUUGCAGAACGCCCUUGGUCAACUAUGGCCUGUACAAUGGUUUUGAGGCGUUUUUAUUUUUAUGAUAUGGGUUUGCCUGGAGGGUCAAGCCCGGGCUCGUGUGAUUAUGCAAAAUACCCAAAGGUCGGGAUGGUUUUGAAUGUCAAUGGGCAAGGCAGACUGGGUUAUUGGCAUGAUGAAAACUUGCCAGUCUUGUGUUUGUGUAAAUGAUUAGACUUAAUGCAGCCCUCGCUAGAAGAGGCUCAGUUAUCUCUCCCCAGAGAAUACGAUAGUCACAUUUAUCCUGUUCCAUAACAAUGUCAGCUGUAAGUGGACUAUUAGAGCCUCGUCAGGGGUUGAUCAAUAUUGAGAGAC